GUGAUAAAGUGAAAUUCGUGCGCGUUGGUUGGCUUACACUUCGUGUAAGCUCCAAGCUCUGACUACGGCUCUCGGAAGUCUCUCUUCAUCUCUGUCUCUGUCGCACACUCUCUGCAAGCGCGUCGUGAGUGCUCGUGUCGUUAUGGUUUUAUAGCUCCGGAUCGGCGCGUUCACAAUAAGCAGGAACAACAAGCGUAACCGUGAACUAAUCCAAAGCAAAGUGUUAGUAAAUGCAACAAUUUUUGGACAAUUGCAACAGCAGUUCAGCAUAUAGUAUAACAAUUCAUAUUUUUGGCAUUCGAAAGGAAGCAAGCGGUGAAACGUGAUGCGGCUAAUUGGAUUUAUUCUAAAUUUGGCUGCUUUAACAGCUGCCGCCUUGGCCAAUCACCAUGACAGCUUGACCCUGAGCCCGGGCGAGCAUAGCCUCGUACGGUACACUAACGAGUCCCUCAUUGUCCAGUGUCGCAGCCCCAGUCCCGAUGUGAAGCUGCAUUGGAAGUCGCCUAAAGGUGAAAUAAUACACGAGCACAAAGGACGCAUACAUAUCGAGCAAACGGCACCAGAACAAUUGAAAAUCGUUUUUGCACACAUUGCGCUGGCGGACAAGGGCAAUUGGACCUGUGAGGCUGUUGAGGGUGGGCUGCAUAGUAAAUCGUUCGAUUUGAUUGUGUAUCAGAAAAUUACAUUCACCGAAAAGGAUACCGUACUGACCGUGAAGGAGGGUCAAACAGCUACAAUAUUAUGCGAGCUGAAGGGCGAACCGCAACCGAAUGUCACCUGGCAUUUCAAUGGACAGCCCAUUAGCGUGGAAGCAAACGCUUCGAAAUUUCGCAUCCUGGCCGAUGGUUUGCUCAUCAACAAGGUAACACAGAGUGACACCGGCGAGUACACGUGCCGGGCAUACCAAGUGAAUUCGAUUGCUUCCGAUAUGCAGGAGCGCACAGUUUUGAUGAAAAUCGAACAUAAGCCUCACUGGACGCUCAAGUCGCAUUUGAGCCUGCAAUACGCGUACAUCAAUGGCACAGCGAGCAUUAUGUGCGAGGCACAGGCGGAGCCUCCGGCUACUUUCAACUGGUACCGCAAACAGAAACGGCUGGAAAGCAAUGAGAAGCUCUACACCAUUGAGACGGAGAACUAUUGGUCGCGCUUAACCAUCCAUGUACUGGAUGCGAAGGUCUUUGACAGCUAUCGGUGCCGUGCACACAAUCAUUUGGGCAGCAUUGAGCGCAUCACGCGCUUGGAUGAGGGCGAAAAGCCACCCCCGCCUCUCGUCUUUCAGCUGCGCGGCUACAACUCGAAUACUUUUGAUGUGGAUUUGAGCGCGCCGCGGGAUAAGGAUCAGCUCGGACCCAUGGAUGUGAAUGGGUUUCGCAUCGAGUAUAUGACGGAGCUGGAAUUCAAAACGGAUGCGGGAAAAUGGACGAAUGCCAAGCGCAAGGACUUCCCCUAUGAAGAGGGUGCCAAUUUUCUCAUAACGAACCUGGAGCCGGAUACCGUCUAUUUGAUACGCGCUGCCUCGCGUAAUCUGGCCGGCUUCAGUGACUAUACGAAAGUGGAGAAAUGCAAGACUCUAUCCCUGGAGCCACGUGUAUCAGCCGGAGCCCUGCUGCCGCCCAUCUAUCAGCUGCUGUCGGUGUUGCUUCUGGCACAGCUGCUGCGGCAUUGCCACUGAGUUCAUGCAAAUCUGUGAGUGGAUGUGCCCCCAAAAUUCCAUGUGCUUUGUCUAGCUUUAAGGCGUCGCCAGGUUAACCUCCUUAGUGUCUGAUUUGCUGCCUGAUUGCUGCUCGUGUAAUGUGUAACGUGUACUAAUUAAUAUUCUAAGUUGUUAAUAUAACCGCUAAUAAGCUUAAGAUAAUAAGGAGUUUCGUUUCGUUUAAUUUAGCUUUUGUGCAAGCCCAGCAAAUUAGUCAAAAUUCAUAGCAAAACAUAUAAAAUCAACUUAUUAAAAACUUAAAAACAAAUAAAUGGCCGCUUAGUGCUUAGUUCAAAGCUGAAAAUUAAAUAUUCAACAUAAUGAGAAUGCAGUCCAGAAAGCUGUGGCCAAAAGGCCAAUAGCAAGUUAAUUGAUAGCUCUAGAUAUAAACGUAAAGGUUUAAAUAUUAAUAACUACAGGAAAAUUAUUCCUAGAAAAUCCCUUUGUAAUCUAUUUUAUCUAGACUUGAAUUAAUAACCUACAAAAAAUCUUUGUAAAAAUCAAUGCAUUUAUUUGUCAUAUCCAAAUCGAACAAAACUAUGCCUCCUACUAACAGACAAAUCCUUCUGGAAAACAAAUCCUCUUACAAACCAUACCAUAAAAAAUAUUCAAAUGAAGCUUUACAAAAGCAUUGCAAGUUUUUUUUACAAACGGUUUUCAAUAUUCUAGUAUAAAAGCCAAAUAUAUAUAACCAAACAGGUAAAUUUAAAAUAAAUAAAUACAAAACCAUUCCA